AAGCGCAACUCUGAAUCUUAUUGCUUCCCCUGCAUUUCCAUUUCCUUUUUGUCAAAAAAUGACCGGAGAACACAGUCCGGCAUCUGCUUCCGAUGGCGUCAACCUCAAGUCCCCACUUCUUCCCCUUCACGACCCAAUCCAACAAACACAGAGCUCCCCCUUCACCUUCAAAUCCCUUCUCACCCUCAAGAAUUUCUAUAUCAUAUUAGGACCCUUUUUGUCCCUUAUCAUAUGCCUCUUUGUGAAGCUCGAUGCUCCCGCGAGUAGCCGGAAUAUGCUCGCCGUGAUUGCUUGGGUCUUUUGUUGGUGGGUCACCGCCGCCGUACCACUUCCGGUGACCUCCAUGUGUCCCCUGUUUCUGUUCCCUCUUUUUGGGAUAGCUUCAUCUGAUAGUGUUGCUCACUCUUACUUGGACGACGUUAUUACGCUGGUCUUGGGAAGUUUCAUACUUGCUCUCGCUGUUGAACGAUACAACGUACACAGAAGAUUGGCCUUGAAUGUGACGUUGAUGUUUUGUGGAGAGCCAUUGAAUCCAGGGUUGCUGCUAUUGGGUCUGUGUGCCACGUCAUUCUUCGUAAGCAUGUGGAUGCACAACGUGGCAGCUGCGGUGAUGAUGAUGCCGGUGGCCACCGGGAUCUUACAGCGACUGCCACCACCGCAGGAGCAAUCGGAUGUGGUCAACAAGUUCAGCAGAGCGGUGGUUCUGACGGUGGUGUAUGCGACGCCAAUUGGAGGGAUAAGCACUCUGACGGGGACAGGUGUGAACCUGAUAUUGGUGGGGAUGUGGAAGAGCCUUGUCCCUGGGGCCAACCCAAUAAGCUUCAACACUUGGUUCUUCUUUGGAUUCCCUGUGGCUCUUCUCUUCCUUAUCUCCUUUUGGUGCAUCCUCCGCUUGCUCUACGUACGAAAGGGAUCGGCUCAGGCUUUGUCUUCUUACUUGAACAAAGCCCACUUGAAGAGAGACCUAGAAUCUCUGGGUCCCAUGUCUUUUGCGGAGAAGAUGGUGUUGUCUGUGUUUGGGUUGCUGAUCAUAUUAUGGAUGACAAGAAGAAUAACAGAUGACAUUCCCGGAUGGGGAGCUUUCUUCCAUGGCCUUGUUGGUGAUGGAAGUGUCAGUGUUAUGGCGGCUAUAUUAUUGUUCAUAAUCCCAAACAAGAAACAAGAGGGGGAGAAGCUAAUGGACUGGAAUGAAUGCAAGAAGCUACCUUGGAACCUGAUUUUGCUUCUUGGAGCUGGGUUUGCUUUAGCUGAUGGAAUCCAAUCUAGUGGCCUAGCAGAUGUGCUAUCCGGAGCCUUAGGUUUCUUGGAAGAUGCACCGUUCUUGGCCAUUGCUCCUGCAGUUAGUCUUAUGAGUAGCAUUAUUACUGAGUUCAUUACUUCCAAUGACGCCACUGCCACGCUUCUUAUCCCACUUCUAUAUCACAUAGCCAAGACUAUGCAUGUGCAUCCUCUUCUUCUUAUGGUCCCCGGAGCAGUAGCAACAGAGUUUGCUUUCUUGCUUCCAACUUCAACUCCAUCAAAUGUAGUUGGAUUUGCCACUGGCCAUAUUGAAAUCAAAGACUUGCUCAAAGUUGGGGUGCCACUUAAGGUUGCUGGGAUAGCUGUGCUCUCAUUUCUGAUGCCAACUCUAGGAGCAAUUGUUUUUGGAAUAAAUGACGAUAUUCAAUAGAUGAUAAAUGACGAUAUUACAUUAGUAAGAGGUUUGAACCAAUGUAAAGAACAGAAGAGAUAAUGAUCAGAAAUAUCAUAUACAGUGC